AUGUCGACCAACAUGAUGUCUCGGGCUGGAGGGGGAACGACGACUGCCAAUGCUGCCGCAGCUGCUCCUGCUAACGAUGCUGCAGAGUAUUCGAAGAAUAUGGCAGGAAAGAAGAAAAAAGCAACUUUCGAAUGUCAGCAUUGUGCCCCCAAUGCUCAAUCUGCACUUAAUACAGCCCACAACCUUGACCCUGAGCCAGCAGACCAAUCACACGAUUUCAGCGACGUCAACAAUAAGGCGACCUCGCCUGUCGAUAUGAAACCCAUUCCCGUUAAUGGGUUGGGCGACGGCCUCAUGUCCAUCGCCACCAACGUCAAUCUCCCUCACAACGGCGGCAACCUUAAUGCCACUGCCAACGACGGGGAGAACCCGGAACGAGAGUGGAGUAUCAGUCCUCCACCACUCUCCAGUGCCUACGACUACUGGUACCAACACGGAUGCCUCCCACAUACCGUUCGUAAUCCAGCUUCGGUCUCUGGCUCUGGAUCGUCGGGCGCCACUAGCCCAGCGAUGAGUAAUGCGCUCGAGCUUGCGCCUGGCCAGAUGCAACACCAUCAGAGGACGUAUAUGGAGAGCCCGACGACUUUCUAUACACCGCACUCGAUGCACCAUCACAAUGGCACUGGAAUCACGACUCCGACGAAUGCCAACGGUGCCUAUGCGUUUGAAGGAGAGAACACUGCAACUGCAAUGAGAACCUCUUAUCCGCUAGGAACAGCUACGUUCCCGACCGCCGCAGAAUACCAACACGCUGCGCCCUCUUCCCACCAACGCUCGCAUUCUCAUUCCUCCUAUACACUAGCCGCUCCAUAUAACCCAGGCACCACUCCCACCGCCGGAGGAAGUUACAAUGCAUCGGCUAGCUCUCCCACCGUUCAAACGCAUCCCUCGACCUUCCACGGACAUCAUCACUCGCACUCUGCAGAUAGCAGACCUGUGACACGUCACGGCUCGAUGGGUGCCUCGAAUCCCUAUUCGCUCCCCGUAUAUCCAUCCCACCCACAUUCCGGUAUGCCGUACGGAGUUGUCGAUAUGCCAUCCCAGGCGGCGCCCCAUCCUGGCCACUAUAGCCAGUCACCCGUACAGCGACAUAGCAUGCCGAACUCGCCUCGUAUGUCGACAUCACACGUACAACCGACCAACUCGUCGUCCUCGUCGCUCGUUCUCCCGCCAAUUCGGUUUGCGGACGGUGAGAUGAGCAUGGGUGGCCAUUUCACGAGCGGAAAUGGUUGGGAGAGGGUCAACAUAAGUGAUGCUCGUGCUCUUCCUCCUCAAGGCGCUCCUGGUAUGGCGCGUUGA